UUUCGCUUUUACCUUGUUAACGUGACACAGACGCACAGAGAGGAGGCUGGUUGGAGCAAGUUUUUCUCCCCUACCUUGGCUCACCUCACCCUUCUCUCCGCCAUGGAGGCACGGACUUUCUACCGCGAGGAGAUCAACAACACGACGUGGGAAGUCACCGAGAAGUACACCCGUCUCAAGCAGAUCGGCACCGGAGCGUACGGUUCCGUCUGCUCGGCUAUUAACGAGAAGACAAAAGAGAAAGUGGCCAUCAAGAAGCUGCACAGGCCCUUCCAGUCUGAGAUCUUUGCGAAGAGAGCUUACCGUGAACUGCGACUGCUCAAACACAUGAAGCAUGAGAAUGUGAUAGGACUCCUAGAUGUGUUCACGGCUGCCACAAGCCUCGACGAAUUCCAGGAUUUCUACCUGGUGAUGCCUUACAUGUUCACAGACCUGUCUAAAGUACGAGGCCAUCUUUCUGAAGACAAGGUCCAGUUUUUGGUCUACCAGAUGCUCUGUGGACUAAGGUAUAUUCAUAAGGCUGGGAUCAUCCACAGGGAUUUGAAACCUGGUAACCUGGCAGUAAAUCAAGACUGUGAACUGAAGAUCCUGGACUUUGGCCUGGCUCGCAGCGCUGAUGCUGAGAUGACCGGAUAUGUGGUUACCCGGUGGUACCGAGCGCCUGAGGUCAUUCUGAACUGGAUGCACUACACGCAAACUGUGGACAUCUGGUCAGUGGGCUGCAUCAUGGCUGAGAUGAUCAACGGGAAAACACUAUUUAAAGGCAAAGAUUACAUGGAUCAGCUGACUCAAAUCAUGAAAGUAACUGGAGUCCCAGGACCAGAAUUUAUACAGAAGCUGGACACUCCCGAGGCCAGGAGUUAUAUGAAAAACCUUCCACCUUACCCUCGGAAAGACUUCUCUGUUUUAUUCCCCAGAGUCAGUGAUAAGUGUGUUGACCUUCUUGAGAAGAUGCUUGUCCUUGAUGGAGAUGAACGGCCCACAGCAGAACUGGCUUUGGAGCAUCCGUACUUUGACAGUCUACGAGACCCAGAUGACCUCCCUGAGCCUACACCAUAUGAUGACACCCACGACAACGCUACAAUGUCCCUGGAGGAGUGGAAGAGAUUAUGUUUUAAAGAGGUGAGGAGCUUUGUGCCUUUUCCACGGAGAGACUCCAAAAGGAAAAACACUCUCACUAUGUCUCCAUGACCUCAUGAUGUCAGAUUACUACUGAUGCCCAACCAAUACAGACAACAGCCAAUAGUGCCCUUGGAAUUCUUAACAAACACUUAAUUUUUUUUUGUUUUGUUUGUUUGCUUUUGUGAUGAAACAUGUCACCCAUGUUUUUAACUACUACCCACUUCUAUUAUUUAUAUUUCUUUCAGAGUAGUCUCAGGAUCCAAUAUGUCAUAACAUAAUUAAAAACUAGAGGCUACUUGUCUACCAUGCAUUGUAUGGUAAUAGACAAGAGAAUUAAUGGGAAUAUUUUUGAAGACUUUUUUUUUAGUUUUCUGGUCACAUGAAUAUUUUCUUCUAACUAAAUUUUGCUUUCACUGGUUCUGUUCAGUGACAAUUGACAAGCCUCAAUGCAGUAGAGAAUCUGAGCUUACUACAUUUCAAUUGUAAAUACUUGAAAUACUGUAGAAAUACACUGUGACUCUAUUAUAUGAAUGUUGGAGUUAUGUGCUGUUUUACAACCAUCACCACUAUCACUAUUCUGACACAAACUGUAAUAUAGGCUAUUAAGAAAUAAUCUAUUAUUUCAUGUGUUAAGCGCUAAUGUAUUUUCUGUGAGCACUAUGGGCCUAUUGCUUGUGGCUAAACGUGAACAUGAAUUUUAUCAUGUGGUAAUAGUGAUAUUGGUAUUUUUUAAGGUAGUUAUAUUCCUGUAUUUUAUUUUGUUUGCAAUUUGUUUACAAUCUGUACCAAAAGUUUUAUGUGUGAAUCAGCCUGAAUAAAUCCCAUUGGAUAUUUUUAUUGUGAAAACUGA